AAUAUUGGCCGGGCACAGUGGCGUAUGCCUGUAAUCCCAGCUACUUGGGAGGCUGAGGCACAGGAAUCGCUUGAACCCGGGAGGCGGAGGUUGCAGUCAGCCGAGAUUGCGCCACUGCACUCCAGCCUGGGCGACAGAGCGAGAGUCCGUCUCAAAAAAUAAAUAAAUAAAUAGAGUCUUCGCAUCAUUUCUGCUUAAUAUAUUUGUGGUGUCUAGAGUUUUAUUGUGAUACCUGAGUCUAGGAAAUGUGGUAAAGCCUCUGCAGCAGACAUAAAGCCUGCAAUUCACGGCUGUGGCCAGGCUUUCCUCACCUGUCCUGCAUCUACAAAUUAUUUCCGUUAUAGUAAAGACAGCAACUCGUGGAGAAUGUGGACAGAACAUGCGUGAAUCCAAGGCAGAGGUUUUGCCCCGGAACAAGCAGCUUCUGGCAGGGGAUGAAAGCCAGCAGAGUUCCAACCGGGGUGCCCUCUCCUUCACGCAGGCCCCACUACCGUGUUGACUUAGGAAGAAAGUUUCUCGGGAGACUAAGGGAUUUGGGGGCAGCGGACGCCACUGGAGGGAAAUGAAUUCACCUAGGGAGCCAGGGAAGGGCUUAGGGUUGCCGCUCCAGGCACAGCUGCUGGAAAUCCUAGUCUUUUUUUUCUGUCUUCGCGGACAACGGGCCAGCUCACCCCACCUGCCAAAGCUGCAGGGCUUUUCCACCAAGCGGACAGAAGGGCAGCCCUCUCGCCCAACCAAGAAGCCGUGCUACACCGGCUUCGGCACCUGGCUUCCGGGUUUUCUCCCCGCCUGUUCCGUUUCCGGCCGUUCCCACCCCUGUUUUCGGUCGGCCCCGGUGUUCUGCAAGCUGGUCAAAAAGGGGAAGCGGCCCAGAUGUUAAGCUCUAUGGCCGCCGCAGGGUCUGUGAAGGCGGCGUUGCAGGUGGCCGAGGUGCUGGAAGCCAUCGUGAGCUGCUGCGUGGGGCCCGAGGGACGGCAAGUUUUGUGUACGAAGCCCACUGGCGAGGUGCUUCUCAGCCGGAAUGGAGGCCGCCUCCUGGAGGCGCUACACUUAGAGCAUCCCAUAGCCAGGAUGAUAGUGGACUGUGUUUCCAGUCAUCUCAAAAAAACAGGAGAUGGUGCAAAAACAUUUAUUAUCUUUCUUUGCCAUUUGCUUAGAGGACUUCAUGCAAUCACAGACAGUGAAAAGGAUCCUUUGAUGUGUGAAAACAUUCAAACCCAUGGAAGGCAUUGGAAAAAUUGUUCUCAGUGGAAAUGUAUUUCCCAGGCUCUCCUAACGUUUCAGACACAAAUAUUAGACGGUAUUAUGGACCAGUACCUAAGUAGACACUUUUUGUCUAUCUUUUCGUCUGCUAAAGAGAAAACAUUGUGUAGGAGCUCUUUAGAGUUGCUCUUAGAAGCAUACUUUUGUGGAAGAGUGGGAAGAAAUAAUCACAAAUUUAUUUCACAGUUGAUGUGUGACUACUUUUUCAAGUGUAUGACUUGUGAAAGUGGGAUUGGUGUAUUUGAGUUAGUGGAUGACUAUUUUGUAGAGUUGAAUGUUGGUGUCACUGGCCUUCCUGUUUCAGAUUCCAGGAUCAUAGCUGGUCUUGUGCUUCAGAAAGAUUUUUCUGUGUACUGCCCAGCAGAUGGUGACAUACGAAUGGUGAUAGUAACAGAAACCGUUCAGCCUCUUUUUUCCACUUCUGGAUCAGAGUUUAUUCUAAAUUCAGAAGCACAGUUUCAGACAUCUCAAUUUUGGAUUAUGGAAAAGACACAAGCAAUAAUGAAACAUCUACAUAGUCAGAAUGUAAAAUUGCUCGUAUCUAGUGUGAAACAACCAGAUUUAGUUAUUUAUUAUGCAGGGGUGAAUGGCAUAUCAGUGGUUGAGUGUUUAUCAUCAGAAGAAGUUUCUCUUAUCCGGAGGAUCAUUGGUCUUUCUCCAUUUGUACCACCACAGGCCUUUUCACAGUGUGAAAUACCUAACACUGCUUUGGUGAAAUUUUGUAAACCUCUUAUCCUUAGAUCCAAAAGAUAUGUUCAUCUAGGCUUGAUAAGCACAUGUGCAUUUAUACCACAUUCUAUAGUUCUUUGUGGAUCAGUGCAGGGUCUCAUUGAACAACAUGAGGAUGCUUUACAUGGAGCAUUUAAAAUGCUUCGGCAAUUAUUUAAAGACCUUGAUCUAAGUUAUGUAACACAAACCAAUGACCAAAAUGGCACUUCAAGUCUUUUUAUUUAUAAGAACAGUGGAGAAAGUUAUCAAGCACCAGAUACUGGUAAUGGCUCAAUACAAAGGCCUUAUCAGGACACAGUUGUAGAGAACAAAGAUGAAUUGGAAAAAACUCAAACAUAUUUAAAAGUACAUUCUAAUUUGGUAAUUUCAGAUGUAGAAUUAGAAACAUAUAUUCCGUAUUCAACCCCCACACUGACACCAACAGAUACAUUCCAAACAGUUGAAACGCUGACAUGUUUGUCUUUGGAAAGAAACAGGCUAACUGAUUAUUAUGAACCAUUACUCAAGAACAAUUCCACUGCUUAUUCAACAAGGGGAAAUAGAAUAGAAAUUUCUUACGAAAAUUUACAGGUCACAAAUAUUACUGGAAAGGGAAGCAUGUUACCAGUGAGCUGUAAGUUACAGAAUAUGGGUACUUCCCAGAGUUACCUUUCCUCAUCUAUGCCAGCUGGUUGUGUUUUGCCAGUAGGUGGUAAUUUUGAGAUCUUGUUACAUUACUAUCUUCUCAAUUAUGCCAAAAAAUGCCAUCAAUCAGAAGAAACCAUGGUUAGUAUGAUAAUAGCUAAUGCACUUUUAGGCAUUCCCAAAGUCCUUUAUAAAUCUAAAACAGGAAAAUACAGCUUUCCACAUGCAUAUAUAAGAGCUGUCCAUGCACUGCAAACCAAUCAACCCUUGGUAAGCAGUCAGACAGGUUUGGAAUCAGUAACGGGUAAAUACCAGCUACUAACUUCAGUUCUUCAGUGUUUGACAAAAAUAUUAACCAUUGACGUGGUAAUCACUGUUAAGAGACACCCUCAGAAAGUUCACAAUCAAGAUUCAGAAGAUGAACUAUAACAUCAGAAGUUUUUAAUUAACCAAACUUUUCAUCUAACUCAAGCCAAGUAAAGCAGGCAUGUGACCACUGGUUCUAAAGUCAGUUCAGUCUACUUAGGAAAAUAGCGUAACUUUAAAAGUCUUUAGAAGAAGCACACUAAGGUCAUCAGACCAGAUGCAAAUAUUAAAUCACUUUCUGGAACAAAUCUAGAGGGGAAGCCAAGAUUUGGCUAAGUGUGUCUGUUUUUUCCCUAUUUUAUGCCUCUGUGUCUCAGCUCUGUGUUAGCCUGUGUGUUUAGGGGAGGGUGUUUCUUUGUAGCUCCUUUUUACUCUUCUGUAUCUUUUUCACUCCAGCCCUCCUUCAUCGUUACAUGUUUAGUUCAUAGAAUCAUUUAAUCUCUGAUUUGGGUGGGCUUAUUCUAAUUGUUUUUAAUAUUGAAUACAUUAUUUGCAUUAAUUUUCCCUACUCAUACUUUGUAAAGCUGUCAGUAAAAGGCUCAAAUUAUUUUUUCAAAAAGCAUAAAAUUAAAUUAGCAGUGAGUAAAAGGCUCAAAUUUUUUUUCAAAAAGCAUAAAAUUAAUUUUUACUUUUAUGUGGUCAUUGGUUUAUUGCCACUUCAUUUGGAAAACCUUGGAUAGAUUUUCACCUUCAAUAUACCUUUGAAUAUAUGUUACCUGAAAUGUAACUGUGCAUCGUGAACUCUUUCAUUUCUGUACUAAAAGGUUAAUACUAGAAAGGAUAUACAAUUAAUACUUUCAUUUUCUCCUGACCCCAAGAGCUUGUAAGGAUAUUUCAUGUAUUUACUGGUUUUUCUUGUAUCUGGUGCAUAGCCAGAGUUCCACAGUAACAAAUAAUUUGACAAUUUUUAUUUCUAAUGUUUAUUUCUGUUUUAUUUUUAAUUUUUAUUUCUAAUUUAUUUCAUUUACAAAUGUUCAUAUUUUAAAAGCUUAUCAAUGUAAAUAAUAUGAUGCAUCUUAUCAUGGACAAGGACAGUGUUUUCUACCUUUAUCAGUUCUCUGUAAUACCCAAAACAGUGCUGUAUUUUCUCCAAGUAUUCAGAAGUGCUUGUUGAAUAAAACUGUUAUCUUUAAUUCAUUCCUCUAAA